AUGGCAGCUGCCUCUAUGCUCAUAUCAAGCUCUAACUAUCUUGCCGCGUACGGCUCGCCUGUAUCUGCCGUGGUCUCGUCUGCGGAGCCCUAUCGAGCUGCCUAUAACAACCCCAAGUCUCUUCUGCGCCAGACGCUGCCCUCUAUCUCAGAAGUCAUAUCCGGUACUCGACUAGGAAGCAAACGCCCUCUACUUACCGGCAGACCUGAGCUAAGCUGCUGUACUUCGCCUGUGAGGGUUCGCAAACGUAUAUUACCGAGCAAGUUUAAAGAACCUGCUGCUUAUGGCCCCGUGUCUGGUGGUCAUCGUCAACCUCCCGCGCCUACUCCUCAACCUGACCAGGCCAGCUAUAUGCUUGCCGGGCAUAUGCCUCUUCCUGGACAUCCCACCACUUCCUAUCACGAGCAACCCAACACUUUUCAGUCCCAGACUCAUAGCAACUUUACGCUUGAUAAUCCUCGUUUCCGUGAUGUAGCAACUUCCCCCAGAAGUUACGUGAGCUGGACCUACCAGGAGUUUUUCAGCCGCAUUCGCUACUCCCCCAGCACAACCGUGCACUUCGCCAAAGCUUAUGGCCGUGUUGACCAGCAACAGCACCUGCCCUGCGAAAGCGAGGUCAAUGAGAUGCUUGCCAACUUGGACUUGAUCAAGCGCGAUAUCGAGCAAGUCUGCAUUUUCAUCCAGAGUACCAAGCGUCCCGUUGAUGGGAACCAUGACGUCAACAUGCACAACAACGGCUGGGAGUCUGCGCCGCGAAACGUGGUAAAAAAACGCCGCGUCCGUGUUGGUCCCAGCCGCUGUCACUCUUGCAACAUCACCCAGGCUCCCGAAUGGCGACGCGGCCCCGAAGGUGCCGGCACUCUGUGCAACGCCUGCGGCCUGCACUACGCCAAGCUGGAGCGCAAUCGCCUUCGUGCAGAAAAUAGUAACUAA